CGACAAAAACAAACCCAACCCAUCUAUCAACAACCUAACGCCACUGCCUCUCCAUCUUGACCUUUCCUUUCCUUUCCUUCUCUGAGCAUUUUAUUUAUCUUCUCAUCCUCCCCCGCCCUCCAUUUCCCACCACCUGCUUCACUCUCCUUUCUCCGCCACUUCCCACUCAGUCACUCUCACCGCCACCACCUGCCGGAGCCUCCAGCCGGCAGAAACGCCAUGGCGUGCUCAGCUACCUCCGCCGCUCUCAUCUCCUCCUCCAUCCCGGCCACCAAAUCAAUGACUUCUCCCUUAUCUAAAACCCUAGCCCCUCUCCCCAACUCCUUCUUCGGCCUCCGCAACCCCCUCUUCCGAUCCUCGGCCUUCGCCAAUGCUCGCUCCUCCGUUAACCUCGCCCGCAGGAAGAGCUUCGUCAUCAAAGCUACUAGUGAGCUUCCGCUGGUUGGAAAUGUAGCUCCGGACUUUGAGGCCGAAGCUGUUUUUGACCAGGAAUUCAUCAAGGUUAAGCUCUCCGAAUACAUUGGAAAGAAGUAUGUUAUCCUUUUCUUCUAUCCACUGGACUUCACCUUUGUCUGCCCGACAGAGAUCACUGCAUUCAGCGACCGACAUGCAGAAUUUGAGAAGAUCAACACUGAAAUUUUGGGUGUCUCAGUUGAUAGUGUGGUAAGUUGAAGUCUUCAAGAGUAUUAUGAUACUUACAUUUGUUUCCAAAUGUGUGCUUUCUUGCAUAUCCUUAGAGCUUAAACCAACCAUAUGUACAUGGAGAGAUGAUUCUCUUCAUCUUGGAAUAAUGAAAUUCUAUGUAUGCCUUUAGAAGCAGAAAACUCUAUAUAAGGCCACAUUUAUUUGCAUUCCAUGACAACCAAAAGUUUUUAGUUUUGUAGUUUGCAUGUUAGUUUAAGCUCCGAAAAUGCUUUAACAUGUUCUAAUCAUUUGGUGUCUCGUUGUAGUUCUCGCAUCUUGCUUGGGUCCAAACCGAUAGAAAAUCAGGCGGCCUUGGCGAUCUGAACUAUCCUUUGGUAUCCGAUGUCACUAAAUCAAUCUCCAAAUCAUUCGGAGUCCUUAUCCCUGACCAGGGAAUUGCUUUGAGAGGACUUUUCAUCAUCGACAAGGAGGGAGUCAUCCAGCACUCGACUAUCAACAAUCUCGCUAUUGGGCGGAGUGUUGACGAGACACUAAGAACACUUCAGGCGUUGCAGUAUGUGCAGGAAAACCCAGACGAGGUGUGCCCAGCUGGGUGGAAGCCUGGGGACAAGUCGAUGAAGCCUGACCCAAAAGGGAGCAAAGAGUACUUUUCGGCAAUAUAGAGCUCGGGGGGAGUAUAAGCCAAGUGUUUGAUUAGAGCAUUGUUCAUUGGGAAGCUGGUGUAAUUGAGGUUUUUGUUUUCUUUUUCACUCUAUAAUCUGUACUUUUUAGCGGCGAGACCUCUAGGAGUGCCCUUUUCGCUACAAUAAUCGCUUUGGACGAGUGCAAAUUUGAAACAUUUUCCUGUGCAACGAAUGGAAAAAAGAAGAGUACUGGUUUUUUCGGUUCAUAUUUAUGAGUUUAAUUAAGUUUUCUUUUUGGGUUCAUAUUCUAUCAACAUUG